UCAUCUGUCAUCAUCACGAAUCGCGAGUUGCAAAGCGUCGUCGUCGUCGUCCGAAGUCCCGUAAUCUCACGGCAUCAAAAACACAUCCUGCUGGCUUGUUGCAAUUUUGGUGCAUUUUUUAUCUGCAACAUUACCGCGUUCAGUGGGCCAAGGGGCGAAGAAACUGGUAGUGCGGGAACAAAACGGACUAAAAAUCAAUUUCGGCAGCAGGAUUACAUAAAGCCGCAGCAGCGGUAAACGGCGGACGGCUCGCUGCUGCUGAAAUCGCGUUCCCGGAUGGAUUCCCGUCGUGAUCUCCCACCAGGUGGUCACGGAUCAUUGGAGUUUGCUUCCUCGUUGGUGGCGAAGACCAAUUGCCCGUUUGCUGAAUGAUCUUUGAGGCGAUCAGGCUCCAGCAUUCAACUCAUCAUUCGCUUCAAUUGCAUUCCCAUCAGCAUCAGCAGCAGCUUCAGAAUCAGCAUAAUUCGCUCCAGCAUCGCUUCCUAGAAGAUAAUCCGGAUUUAGACCGGGAUCAAAGGCAUCAGCAACUAAACGGCGACGACGUUGAGCUCAAACUCAAAUCGUUGGAUUUCGGAUUGACCAAGCGGCUUCUGGCGGCGGUCUUCUUUCUGCUGGUGAUUUACGCCUGGAAGCAGUAUAUAGACGAAGACGAGGAAUCGGAUACGAUUUACAUCUGAGAGAGAGGAGGAAGGGCAGGAAAAUCGAUUGCCUUAAAAGUUUAAUCGGACCAAUAGCAGCAGCAUCAUGAGUAGCAAGAAGGUGUCCUAUUUCUUCAAUCCGGAUGUGGGCAAUUUCCACUACGGUCCCGGGCAUCCGAUGAAGCCGCAUCGACUGUCGGUUAUUCACCAUCUAGUGAUGAACUACGGGCUGCACAAGAAGAUGCAGAUCUAUCGGCCGUACAAGGCCAGCGCACACGACAUGUGUCGCUUCCACAGCGACGAGUACAUUGAGUUCCUACAGCGGGUGACGCCCCAGAACAUCCAGGGUUACACCAAGUGCCUAUCGGUGUUCAACGUCGGCGACGAUUGUCCGGUUUUCGACGGGUUGUUCGAAUUCUGCGCCAUGUACACCGGAGCUUCGCUCGAAGGAGCACAGAAGCUGAACCACAACCACAGCGACAUCUGCAUCAACUGGUCCGGCGGAUUGCAUCAUGCCAAGAAAUUCGAAGCGUCCGGAUUUUGCUACGUGAAUGACAUCGUAAUAGGCAUCCUGGAACUGCUAAAGUACCAUCCUCGGGUGUUGUACAUCGACAUCGAUGUGCAUCACGGCGAUGGAGUGCAGGAAGCGUUCUACCUGACCGAUCGGGUUAUGACGGUUUCGUUCCACAAGUACGGCAACUACUUCUUCCCGGGUACGGGCGAUAUGUACGAAAUCGGAGCAGAAUCCGGACGGUACUAUUCGGUCAAUGUGCCUUUGAAGGAAGGCAUCGAUGAUCAGAGCUAUGUGCAGGUCUUCAAACCAGUCAUAUCCGCUGUGAUGGAGUUCUAUCAGCCAACGGCCAUCGUUCUUCAAUGUGGAGCCGAUUCCCUGGCGGGAGAUCGUCUGGGUUGCUUUUCGCUUAGCACCAAAGGUCAUGGAGAGUGUGUUAAGUUUGUUAAAGAUCUGAACGUCCCAACCUUAGUGGUGGGAGGCGGAGGUUACACCCUGCGUAAUGUCGCACGCUGUUGGACGUACGAAACGUCCCUCCUGAUAGACGAAACCAUCUCCAAUGAGCUUCCGAUGAAUGACUACCUGGAAUUCUUCGCCCCGGAUUUCACCCUGCAUCCGGACAUUCCCAGCAGGCAGGACAAUGCCAACAGUAAGCAGUACCUGGAGGCCAUCACGCGACAUGUCUACGACAAUCUGAAGAUGUGCCAACACGCCCCCAGCGUACAGAUGUUCGACAUUCCCGAGGAUGCCCUCCCCGAGGACGUCAAGGUGAAAGACGAACCCAACCCGGAAGCGAGGAUGACCCAGGACGAGGAGGACAAACAGGUCGAACCGAAGAAUGAAUUUUUUGACGGGGAAAAUGAUAACGACAAAAGCGAAAAUGAACCGUAGCGUUAGUGGCUUAGCGUAGGGGGUAGGCUUUAAGUAGGGUUUUAAGCUCAAUGUGAACGUUGGUCGACUUAGCAUGGAGGGAAAUCGUUCAACUGCAAAACAAAUACUUUAAAUCUAGGAUUUUAAUUGUACAUCUCCAUUAAGCUUAAACGCAAAUCGUAGUCAGUACGAUUGCAGCAACAUUUUAUAAUAAUUCUAGCGAUUAAUAAAUUUAAUAAACUUCGCAAAGCAGUUAGUUGCAUAGUA